GUUAUUGCUUAUUCCGCCAUAAUGUCUGGCCGCGGUAAGCAAGGAGGCAAGGCCCGCGCCAAGGCCAAGUCGCGGUCGUCGCGCGCCGGCCUGCAGUUCCCGGUGGGGCGUGUGCACCGGCUGCUGCGCAAGGGCAACUACGCGGAGCGCGUGGGCGCCGGCGCGCCGGUGUACAUGGCGGCCGUGCUGGAGUACCUGACGGCCGAGAUCCUGGAGCUGGCGGGCAACGCGGCCCGCGACAACAAGAAGACGCGCAUCAUCCCGCGCCACCUGCAGCUGGCCGUGAGGAACGAUGAGGAGCUUAACAAGUUACUAGGAGGCGUCACCAUCGCGCAGGGCGGCGUCCUGCCCAAUAUCCAGGCUGUCUUAUUGCCCAAGAAAACGGAGAGCCAUAAGCCCGGCAAGAACAAGUAA